AUGAAGAUCACUCUUGCCCAGUUCCUUGCAUUGGCAGCUACCGCCAACUGCGCUGCAAUCAACCUCGAGACUAGAGCCACUCCCCUCGAUGUCAAGCUUACUUCUCUUGGAAACUCCAAGGUCAAGGCCGAGAUCACCAACAACGGCGAUGCCAGCUACAACCUUUUCUACAAGGGUACUUUCCUCGACACCGAGGCUCCCGUUGACAAAUUCCAUGUCUCUACCGCCGAAUCCAAGGCUCCUUUCACUGGUAUUCUGCAGCGCCUGGCUUACACUCAGCUGAGCGAGGACGUCUUCAAGCCCAUCAUGGCCGGUCAGACAAUUGAGGUCGAGGUCGAACUUGCCGAGCUUUACCAGCUCUCCUCCAGCGGAAAGUACGAUGUUCUCGCAGCUGGUGCCAUCCCAUAUGCUGAGCUCAACUCUACCGCUCUGACUGGAAGUGCCCUUGCCUUCACCAGCAACACACUCUCCGUGGACGUUGAUGCCGCCGAAGCAGCCAAGGUCGAGAGCGCUGUCAGCAAGCUCUCGAAGCGCACCACCAUCCAGAGUGAUUGCACCGGUACUCGCCUCACCGCUGUUCGCUCCGCCCUCAGUAACUGCCAGAAGUUGGCCACCGCUGCUGCCACUGCUGCCACCUCCGGCUCUGCUAGCAAGUUCCAGGAGUACUUCAAGACCACUUCGUCCAGCGUCCGCAGCACUGUUGCCGCACGCCUGAGAGCCGUUGCUUCCGACUGUGGCUCGACCACCGGCGGCAAGACCCGUACUUACUGCACUGACAUCUACGGCGGAUGCUCGUCUGGUGUCCUUGCUUACACCCUCCCCUCAAACAACUACAUCGCUUACUGCCCUCUCUUCUUCAGCGACCUCCCUGGACUUACUGGUCAGUGCCACGCUCAGGACCAGGCCACCACCGCCUUGCACGAGGAGACCCACGCCCCUGGCGUUUACAGCCCCGGUACUGAGGACAACGGCUACGGCUACAGCGCUGCCACUCGUCUCUCCAGCUCUGCUGCAGUCCUCAAUGCUGAUUCGUAUGCCCUCUACGCCAACGCCAUCUACUCUGGAUGCUAG